GCCGCCGGCUGACUUCCGGUGGCCCGGACUCCGAGUUUCCGCGGGAUCUGUCGCUGUUGGGGGGACCGUGUCCCGUGCCGUGAGGCGGGAAGUGGCGAGUGGGAGCUGCACGUCCGGGCGCGGGAUGUCCAGGCUGCGGGGGUCGGGUUUGAGGGCUGGCGCGGGGUGUGGGACAGAAGGUAGAGGUCCGAGGGGGUCUAGCCGGGCGCGGGGACUUGGGCCAGUGCUCGGCCCCUGGUAAAAAGCGCAGUCAGGCCCCCCUUUUGGAAAAUAUCCCCAAGAGGGGCUCGCGCGGGGGCUACCUUCGGAUUUGCAUUCGUUCACCCUGUUGGUCCCACUCCAGUUCCUAAAAGACGGAAAAUAAAAUAAAAAAGAACUUCAUUUUGCAGUCCUGUAGUCCAGACGUUCAUCUAGUGCCCUGGUGGAUGGGCAUUCAGACUUUGAACAUUAUCAGUGAUGAAGAACUCACUGUAACACAAGGAUGGAACAAAAGUAGGACUUUUAAAAUGUUGCCCAGUAAGAAGAGAAGAACUUCAGAGACUGAGUUCCCACAGCAUCAGGGCAACCUGGAGGAAGAGGACUUAGACCUAGAGUCAGCUGUUCAACCAGAGUCUGACCAGGUUAAAGACUUGGGGUCAGUGUCACUGGCCUGGGGUCGAAGUCAUGGUAGUGCAGCUGGUCUGGAGGUUGAAUCUGUGCAGGAUGCAGGAAAUCAGGUUGGUGUGGAAGAUCCAUCUUUGAGUCCCAGGGUACUCACCCAGGACACAAGUGCAGCAGUUCUAGAAGCUGUUAAUAUGGCCAUCUCAACGGGAAUUGCCCUACCUUCCUUGGAGUCUUCCCAGCCCCUUAACGUACACAUUGAUAAAGAAAAACUCCUUGCCACUGGUUCAAAGAGAGGGAAGAAAAUGACACUCAGGCCCAAGCCAGUUACCCAAGAAGACGGAGGUGAUCAUCUUAUCUCAAAGGAGCCUUUUUCAGGAGAGCCUAGUGAGGACGUCAAGGAAGAGGGAGGAAAACCUCAGAUGCAUUCUGGAGAAGAGAUGCCUUUAUUGCCAUCAGGCAGCCACUCUGUAAAACUAGGAGCCCAGCCUAGGAAAUCAUCUCAGCCAGAUGCCUGUGCGUCUCCUCAAGGAAAGCCAUUCAGGACUUCAGAUCACCAAGCCGAGGAAGAGAUAGAGGAUGAUGGACUCUUUAUUCCAAUGGAAGAGCAAGACAGUGAAGAAAGUGAGAAAAGGCAGAAAAAGAAAAAGGGUACCAAGAGGAAACGAGAUGGAAGGGGUCAAGAGGAAGGGACUUUGGCUUAUGACCCAAAACUGGAUGACAGGCUGGACCGUACCUUAGAGGAUGGCGCCAAGCAGCACAAUCUGACAGCAGUCAAUGUGCGAAACAUCCUUCACGAAGUACACAAAUGAACAUGUGGUAGCUAUGAUGAAAGCAGCCAUCAGAGAGACAGAAGUUAUAUGAAGUCUACCUGACAUAUAGAGUGUAAUUGACGUUAUUUCCAUGUUUGAUUUGGAAUAAAAGGCCAAGGAGAUCCAAAUCAGGUUCUGGAUUAUGCUUACCAGCCACAAAUACAGGUGUGGAGAAGUGGAAUAAUCAAAGACUAUCGUU